AUGAUUUCAAAUUAUAAAUCUAUAUUAUUUAUUUUAUCUUGUUUAGUUUUAAUAACAAUAUCUAUAAAUAUAUUAAAAAAAGAUAUCAUUUACAAGAAAACCAAUGUUAUUGGAGUAGAUUUUGAAUUUGCAGUAGGUGACUUUGAAUUUGACCAGGAUCUUUACACCUAUCAUUCAGUGGCAUGUCCUAAUUUUACUUGUCCCAUUGCAACUGUCGAUUGUACAUGUGACUAUGCAUCAAAGAUUGGUUGUGGUCAACCUGUUGGUGGUGCAACUAAUUGUCCUGGUGUUGUUUGUCCAUCCACCUAUUCAACGUUUGACAUUGAAACAAAUACUACUACACAAUAUCUCUAUUGUCCACCGUCAUCAACAACAAAUACUUGGGAAGAGAUUCAAACUAAUCAAUGGUACACAUUUUCAAGAGAUUUGAAUGAUGGUAGUUUGGAGCUAAGAUUAAAGGCAGAUGCAUUGAUUUGUCAGGGUAUACUAAUCUAUGCAAUGCCAGAGAUGGGAGAGUACAGAGUGUAUUCUCGAAUCGACCCAACUGCAGUACCACGUAGAAUCGUGACAGAAGGAGUACGGUUUAAUACAAGAAUCAAUAUAUGUCCAACCGAUAAUAUACCUCCAUUUGUCAGUACUACAAGCUGGACCAACAAUACAUACUUUAUCACCAUUGAACCUGUUUCCAAGUUUAUUCAAUUCAAUAUAAUCAUUUAUUCUGGACAAGUACCUGAACCCUCUUCUAUCCAACCACCAGCAUGUACAAAUAUUACAAGUGGAUAUCAAUGCACCAAUUCUGGUGAUUCUUUGUUUGGAUAUUUGUCGGCUGGUACAAGUUCAUUUUAUAGUUAUGUUGUAGACCAACCACAAACUGUGACAGUAGCAUGUCCAGCAAUCGAUGGUGACAUGGAUAUCUACAUGUCAGAUGUAUACCCACCAACAAGUUACAAGUGGAAAGGGUAUCAAUCGAGCGACGAUUAUAUUGUCGCCACAUUUAACCAACCAACCUCUUUGUACAUUGAGAUCAAUGCCUAUGAAUCAUCAGGCUUUCUCUGUACCGUCACACGUCACCAUACCAACCUCGCGUUAUUCAACUUCUCAUCGACCAACCCUCUUGCUGGUACAUACGAAAUACAAGGGACAAGUCGUAUCUUUCUCAGUAGUAGUACCUAUCCACUCGAGUCUGCAACCUGGUCAAGCUCUAGUAUGUUCUUUAUGAACUAUCCCCGACAAUACAGUAACCCUGUCUGGCCCAUCCCCAACUUUUUCGUCGAUGAAAUGUCUAAUUACGGGUUCUAUGGAGUCAUCAAUCUCAAUGAAACAAACAAUCCAUUUAAAUCGGCAGCCUAUCAAAUCAACAUUGCACUUUCAUCGUCGUGGCAACAUACCUAUGAAUACUAUAGUUUUGAUACGAUUGCAAGCAACGCUAUAUUAGAGUUUACCAAUGUAUUGGUCGAUGCUAGUGGAACCCCUUUAACAGGUACAUACAAGUUUGAUAUUAAGACACCAACAUGUGACUAUACAGAAUUCCUCGCGGUUACCAAUCUCAUAGACACAACACAACAACAAAUGUAUCAAACCAAAGAUUUUAUAGAGGUUGCUUCGUUACGAUACCAGAUUGAUGUGUUGACAUUUCGUGAUGGUUGGACAGGUUGUUCAAACCAAGCCUACCAGAUGGCAGAAACCACCAAUCAAAAGGUUUCUGUUCAGGUGGUGAGCUAUCCCUACAACGAGUCUGAUCCAAGGGUUCUUCUAGACCCUUGUUGCAAUGCUGCUCUGUUAUUUUUCCAAUGUUGUGAGCCACAUCCAGUCGAACAUACUCGUACCAUAUUUACAAAUGCAAACAGUGACAAGGUAUCAGAUCAGUGUCACUCGCCACAGUGCACACAAUCCAUUCUCUCUGAUUACUUUCAAUCCAUUCAAGAUGUAGACAAUGGCGCAUGUCAACUACCAUACCAUGAAAUCAAACAAUUUAAAUUCAAUAUUUCAAAUGCUCUUGCCAACUGUAAACAAGAAAUUUACUCUUCUCCAACUGUUUGUUCAGAGGAUUCAGAUUGCUUGCUAAAGUAUCUACGUCUUGACAACAAUAAUAUAACAACAGCUAUUGGUAAUUGCAAUCAAUUCUCAAGACAUUGUGAAUUACCAAUAGAAUAUCAAGAUAUGGAUUAUAUUGCAUGUGUAUUGGAUCAAUCACCAGUCACUUCAUCGUAUUUCCUAAAGGUUGAAUUCGAUUUGCCAGGUCAAGACCCAUUGUCGAUUGAAUUUAUCAAUCCCCUCUACGACCUUUUCAAAUUAAAUGAUUGUGCACUCGAUUUGGUAUCUGAUAAUGGUUUGUCUUUUCGCCAUUUCCAUUUGUUGCAUGGUGUCAAUCUUCAAGGUGAAUCAAAGAUCAUUUUCGAUAAAUCCUAUCCAAUGCCAGAUUGCUAUGAUCAAGCGUGUCUAACGAUUCACGAUGUAGCAAUGGACUAUCGAUUCCAAGCACAAAAUUCAUAUCGUUAUAGUAAAUUUGACUAUCACUCCAACUGUACUCUAAAUGGACAGUACUGCACGGUGCAAGGUCCACUCUCACAAGUAGAUUGCCAAGCAUUUGGAGGAUUCUGUUCGUAUUGUCAAGACCAACAGGAAUGUUACAACAUCAAGGAAUUGGAUCAAAGUAAUUGUACUAUCGAUCAGUUUAUCUGUAUAUUGGCCAAUGGAGAGUAUAGAUAUGGUGUGUCACAACAAGAUUGUGAAAAUCUUUUGGGAAUAUGUGAUCAGUCAUGUGGUAUGAAAUGUGUUACACAUCUUGGUGAUGGUAUUUGUAUCAACCCAACAAUCACUCUGGAAUCUAUUUGUACAAGUACUAUUGGUCAAGUUUGGAACCAAGAGAUUGGAUAUUGUCAAGUUCAAUUGAAUGCAAAUCAAUCAACUUGCACAGAUGUAUGGGUGACAUGUCAACAAUAUGACAUAUCGGAAUGUUACAGUCCGUAUGGCACCAACCCAUCCAUCAACAACAUAUGUACCAUUCAAGAAAUACCUUGUGCCAACAAACAAGAUUGUCUAAACAAUGGAGGUGAAUGUUCAGACAAUUAUUUCUUUCAACAAAGUCAAACUGGAAACAAAAACUACCUAGACUAUAGAGGAAAGUGUGUUCGUAAUCAACGUGCUCUCAAUCCGUUAUCAUAUCUUCCAUCAUGUGAUAUUUUAACUGAAAAUGAUUCACCAAAUGGGUGUUACCUAUCUACACCCAACAUAACAACACGACAACAAUGCGAACAAUUAUCAAAUGGUUCGGUUGUCUAUCAAUGGUGGACACCAUCUCAAUCGGCACAACAAUGUACAUCACAGAUGGGAUGUAAAAUCGUCACUGAAUAUAUAACCUUUAUAGGAUUGAAUUAUCGAUUCAAUCAAAUGACACGUCAACAAUGUGAUUCAUGUAAAUCGACUCUCAACCAAUGGACCAACAAAUUUAAAUGGACCAAUGCCCAUUGGAUCCCGGGAAAGUAUGUCUCGGUCACUGGUUGGAAAUCAUCACCACAAUUUAUAACACCCUCUGCCAUGCGUCCAGUCCUCUCUUUUGAAAACUUUGCCUCCAAAAUACUCAUCUCUCAUCAAUUUGGUAUAUCCGAAGCACUUAGAUCAUCGUCAUUGUGCAGAGUCGAACGUAUUCAAGACAACCUCGAAUCAAUAGCAUGUAGUUGCAGUAAUGAAAAGAGAGGUGAUUCUUGUUUUUCAUCUUCUUCAUUGUUGCUAGGUGAGAGCAACCCAUGCGCAUUGGAAGAAUCUGCAUUUGAAUUUAGUUAUGGUCGAAUUAAUUUCACAAUAGAGUCAGUUCCCUACUUUUGUGCAAGUGUACUCGUCAGUAUGGUCAGUCAUCAACUAUACAAAUCUACAACCGUUCAAACACUCUCCUCCAACUUUGUAUCAUAUACCAAACCACCAGAAUUUGCCAUUUAUAAUCAAAAUGGAGCUGUUGUCGGUACAAUCAUAUCAGAUGGUAUCAAAAUCAAUUCAAAUGGUGCUCAAUCAUUUAUAGUCUGUCUUGAUGAUAUUAGUGAACAAGAUGAAGAAGAAGAUGGGUUUGUAGAUUUAGAUAUGUAUCCCAUAUACGAUUUUGCAUUCAUUAAAGACAAUAAUAAUAAUAAUAAUAAUAAUAAUAAUAAUAAUAAUAAUAAUAAUAAUAAUAUAUUGGUUCCAUUAGAAAUGAUUACCCAAAUUAUAUCUGAUACACAAAGAAAUGGAGUAAAGAUGAUUUGUGCAAGAUUUGAAAAUGUUAGUGCUCAUGACACUUACUUUGCCAUUGUGCGUGUGGAUAAUUACAAGAGUGAAACCUACAAACCAUUUGACAAGAAUGCCACAAAACUGGUCUACGCAUUGGCCGUGCUUUUCUUGUUGUGUGGAGUGUGGGGAGUAUUCCAGCUUGGUAUUGGAGCGUUGCGUGAUCGACUGGUACUCGCCAAAUCAUUCAAGCUCGUUCAUUUGUUGGUCUUGACUGUCACAACGUUUAUCAUUAUUCGGGCGGUCUACUUUUUCGUGUUACCAUCUGGUACCCUCCAAAACUCGGCCGUUGCAGACUAUAUUCUCGUCGUGUUGCCUACUUUUAUCUACUUUUCAUCAUUUACCAUUAUCAUUGUACUCUGGCGUAUAUCACUCAUGAUUGGUAGCGUCAAUGUAGUGCUCUACAUCCUAUUCAUCAUCAUUGUCUUGGUAUUCCAUUUCACAGUGGCAGAAGUACCCACCAACAAUUGUGGUGGACGGUAUCUCCACACUCUCCAAACAACACCACCUCAAAAGAUUGUAUCCAUUGUCUAUGCAGUCUUUCAGGCAGUGAUCUCGCUCAUUAUUGGUGGUGCAUUCUUUUAUCUCGGUAUCAACAUUUUUAACAUGAUGAAAGUGUUUAGGGACCACCAAACCAAGGGAAACAAGAAUUCCUCGGAUGCUGUAAGCGACACACAACGCAAGAUCUAUGUCGUUACGAUUACCUCUUCGAUAGGGUUUGUCUUGCAUUGUUUCUUUGUUCUCAUAUUGGUGGCCACCGAGUUGUCAGACAUUACCUUUUCAUUUGUCGGAUUGGUAAUAACAGAGAUUAUACCUGCACUUGGUAUUCUCUAUGCCUACAAUCUUUCUCCAUGGGAAAAAUCAAAAGCCAUCAUCUCUUCAUCCAUAUCAUCUGCUUUAUCUUUUGGUAACAACAGUAAUAAUAAUAAUGUUGUUGGAGUUGGUAGUAGUGGUGGUAGCAAUGGUAGCAAUGGAAAGAAUAAGAAUAGUAAUAAUAAUAGUAAUAAUUCACCAUCGAUGACCGAAAACAGAAACCCGUCUAUAGAAUUAAAAGAGAUUCAAUAG